ACAACCACGGCGAGCGAGGCCGAUCUAAAUCAAGCAAAGCUCCCCCCGUUUCAUCGCCCCAGAAAGAGGCGAGAAAUCCCCAACGAAAGGAGCAGCUGCUCCAGCGACAGCAGCAGCCGCCGUAGCGAUUCCUUUCCUCUUCCUCCUCGUCGUCGAGUUCGCCCGCCCGGAUCGAAACCCCUAGGGUUUCGCAUCGGCCUCCCACCGCCCACCUCCUCCACCUCUCUCCCUCCGCCGCGCGCGCGCGCGGGGAGCCACCAAACCCUAGGACGGCAAAUCCGGUGCGAUCGCCCACGGUGGAGGCCUCGUCGGCGGCCGAGAGGAGCCGCUCAGGGCUCGGGUCAGGGUUCCGGUACCUCGCCGGCGCCGCCUCCGGGUGGUGGGACCGGUGGAUGGUCAUGGGAGCCAGCGGCUCCAAGCUCGAGAAGGCCCUCGGCGACCAGUUCCCGGAAGGCGAGCGCUACUUCGGCCUCGAGAACUUCGGCAACACCUGCUACUGCAACAGUGUCCUUCAGGCACUCUAUUUUUGCAUUCCAUUCAGGGAGCAGUUACUGGAAUAUUAUGCAAAUAACAAAAAUCCAGGAGACGCAGAGGAAAAUCUUUUGACUUGUUUGGCUGACCUCUUUAUGCAGAUAAGCCAAGCAAAGAAAAAAACUGGUGUUAUUGCUCCAAAACGUUUUGUUCAGAGAGUGAAGAAACAAAAUGAGUUGUUUCGCAGCUACAUGCACCAGGAUGCACACGAGUUCUUAAAUUUUCUUUUGAAUGAACUUGUUGAUAUUCUGGAAAAGGAGUCCAGUGCUGCGAAGGACUCCCCCCAAUCUUCAUCUCCUGAAAAAGCUCCAAAUGGUCCAGUUCAACCUUUAGCCAAUGGAGUUAAAAAGGAGCCACCCGUUACCCUGGUCCAUAAGAAUUUUCAGGGCAUAUUGACCAAUGAAACAAGAUGCUUAAGAUGCGAAACAGUAACUGCAAGAGAUGAAACAUUUCUUGAUCUUAGUGUUGACAUUGAACAAAAUAGUUCUAUCACGAGCUGCCUGAAAAACUUCUGCUCUACAGAGACUUUAAAUGCAGAGGAUAAAUUCUUCUGUGACAAAUGCUGCAGUUUGCAAGAAGCACAAAAGAGAAUGAAGAUCAAGAAGGCUCCCCACAUAUUGGUGAUCCACCUAAAGCGCUUCAAGUACAUUGAGCAGCUUGGCCGAUAUAAGAAGCUUUCAUACCGGGUUGUAUUCCCCAUGGAGCUGAAGCUCAGUAAUACAUCCGAUGACGUAGACACCGAGUACUCCCUCUUCGCUGUCGUGGUCCACGUCGGAAGUGGCCCUAAUCAUGGGCAUUAUGUGAGCCUCGUCAAAAGCCACAACCACUGGUUGUUCUUUGACGACGAAAACGUGGAGAUGGUCGAGGAGCAGACCCUGCAAACAUUCUUCGGUUCCUCACAUGAAUACUCGGGCAACACAGACCAUGGGUAUAUCUUGUUUUACGAGGGCCUUGGUGGGAAGAGUUAGGUUGUUUUCCUUGGCCUUCCCUGUUCCUUUUUCACCCUCUCUUUGGAGCAUGCAAGUUCACUCUUGUACCUACACAGCUGCUAUUUCAUACCUCCAUGGAAAAUUGCCAAUCGAAGAGGUUGUAUGACAUGAGGACGCCAGAUUUUGGGUGGUUUCAGUGUACAGGGGAUAAUGGAAUCUUGCUCCCAGUGAUGCAAUAAGGUGUAAAUCGUUUUAAGUGCGCCUGACCAGUUUCUUCUCAGGACUAACAUCUUUUUGUUAAAGAAUGGAACAUUGCUAUUGGGCACACUGUACAUUAAUUCUAGUUCAAAAUCUUGGAUGCAUUUCCCAGUUCUGCUGACUUUGGGAUCUGGAAUCAUGUUACAUGUUUGGGCUUGUCAACUUUGGUCGGUUAAGCGUGUGGUUCGUUUUA